AUGGCCUGCAACAACAUCUGCCGUCCCUGCGGACCCACCCCGCUGGCCAACAGCUGCAACGAGCCCUGUGCCCUGCAAUGCCAGGAUUCCCGUGUCAUCAUCAACCCUUCCCCUGUGCAGGUCACCCUGCCAGGACCCAUCAUGACCUCCUUCCCCCAGAACACCGCUGUUGGAUCCACCUCCUCGGCUGCCGUGGGCACUGAACUCAGUGUGCAGGGACAGCCCAUCUCUGGUGGAUUUGGUGGCUUUGGCUACGGCCUUGGCUAUGGCCGUGGAUUUGGCUACGGGCUGGGCUGUGGCUAUGGGCUGGGAGGCCUGGGCUGCUAUGGCAGAAGGGGUGGCUACAUCUGCUAAGGGUCCUCAGCACCACCCCUGACACCAACCCCCAGCUCCCUGGAACACAUCUCAGGCAUUGAGGACGCCUCUCUGCUCCAAGGCUCUCAGAUGGACUCAGCGCUUCCAGCUCCUGCUCUCAGGGCACCAAGCAAGGCAGCAGACAAGGGUCCAGCCCAGGCUGCCUGCAAUCAUGGCCCAUCUGCCUCCUGCUCUUCUCCCACUCCCUGCUCUGCAUUGCCCCUUUAGCUCUGUCAAGUUCCCUCUGCUGCAAACCCCUUCUCCCAGGCCAGGGACCCUUGGGCACUCCCAGUGAGCUGCUCUCACUGUGGGGCAGGAAGUUCUUGGUGCUCUGG